UUUGCACACACUGCAUAAUGCUUUUCGAAAAGCAAUUAAUGUUGUCGGUGAGGAUGCUGAGCAGCUUGCAUUUGAUUUACAUACCUGGUUCAAGAAUGCACCCUGUAAAAUAAAAGAUUUCAAAAAAUUAUCAGAUUGCAUUUUUAUUGACGAUGAAACAUUGUUUCUUCGUUUUAUCAAUACUAGAUGGCUUACUCUUUCUUCUUCACUUAUAAAGGUUCUAUUAAAGUGGGAAGACACCAAGAAAUAUUUUUUGGAAUAUGUUCCAAAACAAAAGGAGUAUAAAAAACACUGACAAACAACAAGCGUUAUAUUCGGAUUCAAAGAAGUCUUAAGGCAACUGAAAAUGAGUUACUUGUGUCCAUCAAAUUCCUUAUUGGUUUAGCUCCCUUGUUUGAGAAAUACUUGACAAAAUUUCAAGAUGAAGGACCACUUGUUCAUAUUUUAUUUUAUAAAAUGAAAAAUCUUUUAAUAUCUUUAAUGAAACGUUUUCUUCAGCCGACUGCUGUUAAUGGAAAGCUUACCAAAGAUCUUUUAAAAAUUGAUUCUUCCGAUUUAACUAUCCAUUUGAAUAAAAUGGACUUUGGUGAGGAAGCUAAAAACCAGGUGAACAAAAUAUCAUGUGAAAAAAAAAGAUAUGUCUGCUUACAGCAAAUGAGAUAUGGAUAUAUAUCUGUUGUAAAACACUUGCAAAAAAAACUUCCACUUGAUUCGCAGAUAUUAAAAGAUAUGACUUGUUUGGGUGCUCAAAUGAGAUCAGAACCUUGGACUUUUAAUGCAAUUGGGAGAAUAGCAGUUAUGAUGCCACAUGUAAUUACGGAAAGGGAGGUAUCAUUUGUGAAAGAUGAAUGGAAAUUAUACCAAGCAGCUAAUAUAUCAAAAGACUGGUAUCUAGAUUCUGAUACAAAAAAACUAAAAAGAGUAGACCAUUAUUGGGUUAAAGUUUUUGAAAGUAUGGAAAAAACUUUAGCCCAAUGAAUAUGGAAAAACAAAGUAUGGGCAUCUCAGUAAAGUUGUUAAGAGCUGUUUAACAAUUCAGAAUGGAAAUGCCAGUGCUGGGCGAAGUUUAUCUGGUAACAAAAAUACAUUGACUCCUAGGAGAGUAAAUCUAAAUGAUGAAACAUUAAUGGCUUUGAGAAUAUCAAAAGAAUAUGCAAGAAGUUGCAAAGGAGCAUAAAAUGUUGAUGCACUCUCCAAAGACGUUGUUCAAGCUGUUCAAAAUGCUCAUAAAAUAUAUAAAAAAAGAAAAGCUGAAAAAGACAAAGAAAAAAGAAAAAAUUAUAUUCAUGAGCAAGAACUAAUGAAUAAAGAAAAAGAACAGAAAGAAAUGCUUGAAAAAUUUGAAAAUAAAAAUAAAAAUUUAGAUCAACAGGAAAAAAGUCUAAAGAAUGAUGAAAAAAAUGCAGAUUUUGAGUUUCAGCUUGCUCAGAGAAUGUCAGCUUGCUCAGAGAAUGCUUAAUGAAGUAGCAAAAUCUAUGCAAAGUGAAGGAAGGAAUGAAGAAAGGAAGACAUGAUGGGUAUAAAAAUUGCCCAUGAAAUGAUAAACAGCGCAAAAAGAAGUCUUGAAAAUGCUACAUCUCAUAGAAAUGAACAGAAAAAGUUGAGAGAAAAUAUUGGUUUAAAACGUAAAAGUGAAAUGGAUAGAAUAAUUAAGCGUUGCAAAAAAUUAAAGUAGUCGUUAAAAGUUUGAAAGUUUUUGUAAAUAUAAUAGAGCUUGAACUGUUGGUUCAGUUAUAAUUAGUUAGCAAAAUUUAUUUAUGUUAAUUAUUUUAGAU